AUGUCUAUCAGUGGACGACAGGCUUUUUUCGAAUGGUACGAACAACAGACCGGAAAAGUGUUUGAUUUCCAGAAAGAGUUUGUAGAGUAUUGUGUCACGGACGUCGACAUUUUACGACGAUGCUGUGCAGAGUUUAGAACCACCCUCAAGACUUUGGUCAAAGUGGACCCUUUCCAGGAAUCCAUCACUUUUGCCAGUGCUGCCAAUUUAGCCUACCGUCGAUUAUUCAUGCCUAAUGAGACCAUUGUCAUCAUUCCUAACCUGGGGUAUCAACCAGCUCGACAAUAUUCGGCCAAAGCCUGUCGGUGGCUCACCUGGAUGAGUCAACAGACCGGAUGUCACAUACGUCAUGCCAGAAACGGGGACGAAGUCCAGAUCGGAAAUUAUACCGUCGACGGAUACCAGGAAGCGACUCGCACCGUCUACGAAUUUUACGGGUGUUAUUGGCACGGAUACCCCACCUGCUAUCCCAGUUUACAGACCGAAACUCAUCCUCACCGGACCCAAUUUACUUACCAGGAAUUACACGAAGAAACUCUCAGAAGGAGUUUGGCUUUGGAGGACAUGGGGUACAAUGUUCGUAGUAUCUGGGAGCACGAUUUCGAUCAGCAAGUGCAAAGAGAUGUGAGUUUACAGCAUUUUGUACGAGACCUGGACAUUCCGGAUCCUUUGAACUCCCGAGACGCCCUGUACGGAGGCCGGACCAAUGCGACUCGAUUAUAUUGUGAGGAAGGGGACAUGAGAUACGUGGACGUUUGUUCCCUAUACCCUUACGUGUUGAAACACAGACCUUUUACUGUGGGGCAUCCCGAGAUUAUCACAGACGAGUUCCAGGACGUGAGAAGUUAUUUUGGUCUCAUUCACUGUCGGGUCUUACCACCCCGAGGCCUCUAUCACCCCGUAUUACCUUAUCGGACGCGAGGCAAGUUAUUAUUUCCCUUAUGUCGAACAUGUGCCGAACGACAGGACUCUACUUCUCAAGAUCGAUGUCCACACACCGACCAGGAACGUAGUCUCACGGGCACCUGGGUGACGACCGAAUUACAUAAAGCCCUGGACAUGGGAUAUACCUUAGAGCGAAUCUACGAAGUGUGGCAUUUUAAAGAAAGCAGACAGGAUUUAUUCAGACACUACAUCGUUACCUUCCUCAAGAUCAAACAGGAAGCCUCCGGAUUUCCCCCCGACUGUGAGACCUCAGAACAAAAACAAGAUUACAUUCGACAAGUCUUAGACAAAGAAGGAUUCAUGAUGGACAUUCUCAGUAUCGAGAAGAAUUCAGUGAGAAGAACCAUCGCUAAACUCUUUUUAAAUUGUCUGUGGGGAAAAUUUGCUCAACGCUUGUUAUUACCCAAAACCAGAUACUUGGACGAAGAAGAGGAAUUACAGCAACUCUUACAAGAUUCGACUCUCGACAUCAAGGGCAUGCGACUCUUAGUCAAUAAAGAGGACUCCAAUGAGGACAAGAUGCUGGUGAAUUACCAAAACAAACAGGAAUUCGUAGAAGAAUGUCCCUUUGGAAACGUGGUCCUGGCUUGUUUUACCACUGCGCAUGCCCGCUUACACCUCUACGAGACUUUACAACCUUUAGGAGAUAGGGUCCUUUAUUUCGAUACGGACAGUAUCAUUUACCAACAUCGGGAAGGAGCCUUUAAUCCUACCUUGGGCAAUAGUUUAGGAGAAUGGACCGACGAAUUAGACGGGGAUCACAUCAUCAAAUUCAUGUCGGCAGUCCCUAAAAAUUAUGGUUACCGGCCCGCCAAAGGAACCGAAGUCCAUAAAGGAAUCACUCUCAACUAUCGAACCUCCCAGAUCGUAUCCCUAGAGACUUUAGAAAAAAUGCUCAAGGGAGAAAUAGAGGAAGUUACAGUACCUUAUCCCCACAAAAUCCAGAGGACCCGUGAUCAUGAUGUCGUGACCAAACAUUUAGAGAAACAGUAUAGAAUUGUGUAUGAUAAGAGACAAUUAUUACCCUCUUAUAACACUUUACCUUAUGGUUAUUGA